AUGGAUAUUAUAGAAUAUCAGCAAAAUAUCACGGUUCAAUACUGCUUUCCUGACAUCAACUCUUCUUGCAAAAAGGAGGUCAGAUCAGGCCCUGGGAAUGCAUUGCUAUUCAUUUUCCUUUCAUGUAUAUCUGUGUGUACUGUAUUGUUGAACUUGUUGGUGAUUAUCUCCAUCUCUCACUUCAAGCAGCUCCACACUCCAACCAACCUGCUCAUCCUCUCUCUGGCUGCAGCAGAUCUUCUCAUGGGAAUGUUUGUUAUGCCUGUGAAUAUAGUGCAGCUGAGAGAUUCCUGUUGGUAUCUUGGUAACAUUGCAUGCACUGUUAUCACAGUGAUCACUUUUGUUUCAAUGGCAGCAUCUCUCUACAGCAUGGUUUUCAUUGCAGUUGAUCGGUACAUUGCUGUCAGUGACCCUCUGCAUUAUUCCACUAGAGUCACAUUAUAUAAAUCUGUUUUACUGCUAAUCCUAGCUUGGUCAUUCUGUUUGUUAUAUAGCAUCAUAUUUUUGUAUUUUAAUGACCACCUUCUUGAGUCUCAGAUAUCAAACAGCUGUUAUGGAGAAUGCGUAGUGGCCCUAAAAAAACCCUCAAUAAUUGUUGAUGUCAUUCUUUUUUUUCUGGCUCCUUGCUCUACUAUACUGGUCUUGUAUUCAUUAAUCUUUAUUUUGGCAAGACAACAAGCAAGAGCUGUUAGAGCUGUGAGGAAUGGCACUUUAAAAAGGCAUGAAGGUAAAUUCUCAAACUCUACCGAAACCAAAGCAGCAAAAACAUUAGGAGUUGUGAUUUUUGUUUAUCUUACUUGCUGGAUACCAUUAUAUUUAAGCUCUGUGUUGGCGGAAAGUGUGACAAGUGUGUCAGUACUGUGGAUUCUGUUUGCUUGGCUCGCAUAUUUAAACUCAUCCUUUAACCCAAUAAUGUAUGCCAUAUUCUAUCCAUGGUUCAGAACAUCAGUUAAGUUUAUUGUAACGUGCAGAAUAUUUGAAUUUUCAUCUUCAAUCUGUAAUUUAUUUCCAACAAAUGUUUAUUUGUUUAGAUUUAAGUUGCACUUAGAUGUGCUUUAUCAAUAGAGAGCAUGAUACAUUAAUCCUAAAUGCUGAAUAAAUGGUGUGUUCUUUUAACCAAGAUGAGGUUAUAUUAACGGUG